AUGGCGAAUCCCCCCCACGGUGGUGUCCUCAAGGACCUGCUCGCCCGCGAUGCCCCUCGUCACGAUGAGCUCGCUGCUGAGGCCGAGUCUCUCACUGCUCUCGUCCUGACCGAGCGUCAGCUUUGCGAUCUCGAGCUGAUCCUCAACGGUGGCUUUUCUCCACUUGAAGGUUUCAUGAACGAGAAGGACUACUAUGGAGUCGUCAAGGAGAACCGUCUCACCAAUGGCAUUCUCUUUUCCAUGCCCAUCACUCUGGACGUGUCCAAGUCCGAGAUCGAUGAGCUAGGCCUUGCGCCCGGCAAGAAGAUCACACUGCGGGACUUCCGGGAUGACCGCAACUUGGCCAUCUUGACCAUUGAGGACAUCUACAAGCCCGACAAGGCUCUUGAGGCUACUGAGGUUUUCGGUGACAACGACCAGGCUCACCCGGCCGUCAAGUACCUGUUCAACACCGCCGGCGAGUUCUACGUCGGUGGUAAGCUCGAGGCUGUCAGCCGAUUGCAGCACUAUGACUUCGUCGACCUGAGAUACACUCCUGCGGAGAUCCGAUCGCACUUCGACAAGCUGGGAUGGACCCGCGUUGUCGCUUUCCAGACCCGUAACCCCAUGCACCGUGCUCACCGUGAGCUCACCGUGCGCGCGGCUCGCUCUCACCACGCGAAUGUCCUGAUCCACCCCGUUGUGGGACUGACCAAGCCUGGCGACAUUGACCACUUCACCCGUGUGCGUGUUUACAAGGCCCUUCUCCCCAGAUACCCCAACGGCAUGGCCGUUCUGGGCCUGCUGCCUCUGGCCAUGCGUAUGGGCGGUCCCCGUGAGGCCAUCUGGCACGCCAUCAUCCGGAAGAACCAUGGUGCGACCCACUUCAUUGUCGGUCGUGACCACGCCGGCCCCGGCAAGAACAGCAAGGGCGUUGACUUCUACGGCCCUUACGACGCGCAGUACGCCGUCGAGAAGUACCGCGACGAGCUCGGCAUCGAGGUCGUGCCUUUCCAGAUGAUGACCUACCUGCCCGACAGCGACGAGUACGCCCCUGUCGACACCAUCCCCAAGGACGUCAGGACACUCAACAUCUCUGGAACCGAGCUGCGCUCAAGGCUCCGAAGCGGCCGCGAGAUCCCCGAGUGGUUCUCCUACCCGGAGGUCGUCAAGGUCCUGCGCGAGUCCCACCCUCCCCGGGCCCAGCAGGGCUUCACCAUCUUCCUGACGGGUUACAUGAACUCGGGCAAGGACCAGAUCGCCCGCGCCCUGCAGGUGACGCUGAACCAGCAAGGCGGGCGCUCCGUAUCCAUGCUGCUGGGCGAGACUGUGCGCUCGGAGCUUUCGUCGGAGCUGGGCUUCUCCAAGGAGGACCGCAACAAGAACAUCGGGCGCAUCGCCUUCGUGGCCUCGGAGCUGACCCGCUCGGGCGCCGCCGUCAUCGCCGCGCCCAUCGCGCCCUUCGAGGAGUCGCGCGCGCACGCCCGCGAGCUGGUCGAGAAGUACGGCGACUUCUACCUCGUGCACGUCGCCACCCCUCUCGAGCAUUGCGAGAAGACGGACAAGCGCGGCAUCUACGCCCGCGCCCGCGCCGGCGAGGUCAAGGGCUUCACCGGCGUCGACGACCCCUAUGAGGCCCCCGCCAAGCCCAACCUGGUCGUCGAUGCCUCGAAGCAGACCGUCCGCUCCAUCGUCCACCAGAUCGUGCUGAUGCUGGAGAGCCAGGGCCUGCUGGACCGCUUCUAA